AAAUAAAUUUUGCUAUUGUUUACUUUAUAGUAUUCUAAAUUUUGAUUGGUCAAUUUACCUGCAAAUAACUGCGUGCAAAUAAUAGUCUGAGCAUGCGCAUUCUUUAAAAACGUUGCUCACAUACAAAUAAAACUCUGAGCAUGCGCAUUGCCUUCAAUUUUUCUAAACUCGGUUCUCGCAAAAUAUGGCGAUUUGUUGGUGUCUCGCAGAUCAAUUAUUUGCCUCUGCCUUCGCAUCAGGAAAUAGUUGAUCUGCUUGCCAGCGACAAAUCACGAUAUCUUACUCAACCUCGUCUAAUAAUUGAUAAAUGUAUUGUAUUUAUUGUAAGAUCCCGCUUUAACUAGAUGCACAUUUUACGGAAUAAACACUCAGCUGGCUUUGGCUGUUUGCUAGUAAUUUUGCCAAAAGGUACAUUUUUUAAUACGAUUUGCUCCUCCAGUUUGAGUUUAUAAUUUUAUUCUUUACUUAUUUUCACAUGCAGAUGUGUCGUAUUCUCGGAAUCGAAUCAUUGGAGCAAUGAGAGACUGGAUGGAAAAAGUUCCUUGUUUACGUUUCGUACAAAGAAGAUCCCAGAGAGGAUAUUUGUACUUUCAUUCCGGAUCUGGGUGAGUUCCACUAUCAAGUAAUGAUGACAAAUUAUUGUCAAAGUUCCGUAGAUACUCUGUACCAAAUCAUAUCAUUGUGUUACCCUGUUCUGUUCUGUUCUGUUCUCCUCUGCUCUGUUCUGCUCUGCUUUGCUCUGUUCUGUUCUGUUGUGUUGUGUUCUAUUCUGUUCUGUCCUGUCCUGUCCUGUCCUGUCCUGUCCGUUCUGUCCUGUUCUGUUCUGUUCUGUUCUGUUUUGUUUUGUUUGCUGUGCGCGUGUUCUUUUGUACAUAUUGUUUUGUGUUCUGUUGUAUAGACCUUUCCCAAUGUGAAAACGAAACAAUGUUUUGAAAUCGAGGCGUGCAAUGAAAUUUUAUUGUUUACUUUGCCCGCCCCCAUUUCAAACUAUUGUUUCGUGUUCAGUUACGUAAAUUCGGGAAACUUAAGUGUCGAUUAUAUUUGUCUUACUUUGCCUUGUGUUGCAUCGCAUCGCAUUGCAUAUGUACCCCCAGUGAAAUGUUAUAGUCGGUCUCAAGAUUGAUUAGAUUCGGUCUUAAAAUAAAGUGUUCUAUAAACAAUUAAACAUACACAGCGAACCAACUAAAAAUGUCUGGAGACCACGGUUUCAACCAUUGCUAGAAAGUCCAAAUCAUAAUAUCACAACUAUAAAAUACAUCGUAUUUGUUUAUGAACAAAAAUAUACCUAUUGAAAAUCUAAUGGAGGUGAAUGCUAAAAAUUCACAAUGAUAUCAGCACUUCAGCAAACCUUUCAUGUUACGCUUAUACGAGUCUUACUGUUUGUCAUUUGCUACUGUUUUAUAAACAAUAAAAACAGCACCUGAAAGCCAGCUAAUUGCUUACAUUACAUGCACGUUACAGUACCAUAGAGACCCUCUUGUCUAAAAAUCUAUAAAGUUUAAUUAAAGUUAAUUUUGGUCAAACUUAACCAUGAUUAUGUGAUAUUUGAUACAACACGGACACGGCCCUUUUUACCAGUUUAUGAGUUGCAAAUAACCUAGAACGUCAAAAUCUUUGUACUAUCAUGGCUAGGAAAAGGGUCUCAUCGGAGAUUGUAUAUUGUAUUAUUUUAGUUGUUCCUCAGCCGUUGGUUACCAAGGAUCAAGACAGUUUGUUUCACUUGCACGAGGAUGUAUGCAUCAUGGAAUCAUCGUUCACGAAAUCGGUUUGUAAAAAUGUGCAUUUAUUUAGUGACUAAAUACGAUCAAUUAAGUCAAAUUAUUAUUUAUUUAUUUAUUUAAAAAAUCCUGACUGUAGCUAGUAGGUUUCGGUCGAUUCGUCAUAACUGACCAAAUGUGAAAUUGUGACAUAUUGUGACCAACACUCUGAUGUCAUACCGUUGGUUGGAAAACAUAUUAAUUUACACUUGACGUAAUGAUGUGGACAUCAGUAGUGAAUAUGUGAGUACUAAAUUAAUGUGGAAACGUGUACGAUCGCAAAAUAGCGCCGGUUUCAGGUGUGUUUUUAAAUAAGGCAAUACCUCCGGGAGUGGAGUUACAAUCAUUUUGAAAAGUAGUUCGGACACCAUUGGUUUUAGGAUAUCAGUGUUAGUAAUUACAAACAAUAAUACCACCCCUCCCUUCCCCUUUGUUUUUCCAAUCCAUGCACUAUUUUACGUGAAAACAAAAUGCUAACUACAAUUCAACAUUGAAUAUGGGGCGAGGGGAAGCGUUUAAGAAAAUGAUGAGUAUUUCGAGCAUCUGUCCCAACGCAUUUGAAAAUGAUUGUACCUUCUUCCAACAUUCUUCCUCAACGUUUCUUUGAAAAUUAGUAAGAAAAUAAUCAGACUGCUUUGAUAGUAAAGGUACAAAGGCAAGCAGUCACGUGAAAAAAAAUGACCAUUCAAAUAAACACAACAACCAAAGGACAAAGCGACAUGUAAAAAUCCGCGCAAGCUAUGACAAAAGCAGCGUCUUUAUUUCUAUCAUAACCUACUAUUUCUCUAUGAAGAAAGAAUGGUAUUUUUAUCUAUCGCAGAUUUGCGUGAUGAUUAAUUACAAUCAAGAGUUCUUUAUCUUCACCAAAGUUGAUGCUCACCCCCCCCCCUGGCUUGCCCUGUGAUCUUACGGCGCAUAAUUGCUUUACUUAUAAUUAUUAACGAUGCUAAGCAACUGCGUGAUUACUUCUCCAAACUUACUGUUCUUUUUUUCUCAAUAUUUUCUUUCAAAUUUUUUAGGCCACGCUUUGGGAUUCUGGCACGAACAAUCUCGCUCGGAUCGUGAUCGUUAUAUAUCAAUACAUUGGCAAAAUAUCCAACGCAGUAAGGUUUUAUAAUAUACUAUCACAGACAAUCAAAUGAAUGAUCUGGAAUCGCAAGCAAAAGCGCUAAUGUUGCUGACGCCACAUCCUUGAUUCUGCCUGAUACGCUUUAGUUUGCAUGGAACCCUAUAACUUCACUUUAAAUAUAUUUCAGGACUUUGUAUUAAUACAUAUUUGCUGAGAACGGCAAUGUCAAGUAUCAAUUUUCCGUGCGUAACAAAAAUAUACAAAAUUUGCAAAUUUGCAUGGUUAUUUCUAGAACCACUGAGUAUUUUAAUAAAAUACAAAACAAGUGAAACUCCAAAAAUCGAUAACAUUUUUAUUUAUCUACGUUUCGACUAUAUUUCAGUCAUCAUCAGGAUAAUGUUUUCUGUGUUUAUCCUGAUGAUGACUGAAAUAUAGUCGAAACGUAGAUAAAUAAAAAUGUUAUCGAUUUUUGGAGUUUCACUUGUUUUGUAUUUUGACAUGGUUAUAUUUUUCACAUUUUACAACCAAACUUUUUUAUUUGACUAGCUUUAGGAAUUGGGAUGCUCUUCAAUGCGGUUGUAAUAAAUUUUAUUUUUUGCUUUGCAAAUUUGUCAUGUUUUUGUCCAUUACGCAAUCGGUUCAACCACUUCACUGUUUUGGUUCAAUUUUGGUUUUCUGCACGUCUCAGAAAAUAAAACUUCUGGAAGAUAUUUCUAAGGACAUUUAAAAUACGUCCAAGUGUGUAAAACAGCUGUUGGUAAGUUUGCCUUGGAUUCUGGGUUAGCCCAGGAUUAGGCUUACCAUGCAGCUUUCAAUGUUCUUCGUAUUGUGAUGUAUUUUCAUUUUUACGUACCGACACAGACACACAUGUCUUCAAAUUUGUUUACCUUUUAGAUAUGCAAUAUAAUUUCAACAAAAUGAGCGGUCGAACGGACGACAAAUCGCAUGGGUAUGAUUACGGAAGUAUAAUGCACUAUGGGCCUAGGGCAUUCUCAGUUAAUGGAAGGAAUACAAUAACUGCAAAAAAUGGUCAAACUAUUGGACAAAGACAAGGACUGAGUGCUGGUGAUAUUCAACAAGCGAAGACAAUGUAUACUGCAUGUAAAGGUGGAUCAACUGGAGGAGGAGGAGAAGGAGGAGGAGGAGGAGGAGGAGGAGGAGGAGGCACAGGUAUUGUAAGAUGUAUAUAGUUACAGGGUGCAUGCAUGUAUCCGAAAAAAAACUAAACAAAUUUAAAAUUAUAAUAGUUUUGUUUGUGGAAACACCACGUAAAUUUAUUACUGCAAGGCUAUAAGUCAUAAGUCAUAAGUCAUAAGUUAUAGUCAUAAGUUCUCUCGCAAAAUGAGAGAGUCAAUUGAAAUCGAGAAGCACAAUACUAUAGAUCAUGCAGGAGGGAAAGCCACUAGAUAGUACGUGGCGUGCUCUCUUUAAGGUGGCUCGAUACAGUUUUCAAAAAUUCAGGUGUUUAAACACUUUGACAUGUUCAAACUACGCAUUUUUAGGAUUUAUUCAGCAGAUAUUGGGUUUUUUGUUUGUUUUGAUAACUCUACUUUCAAAUUAUAUUCGUUUUAGUAACAGAUAGUUCGUUGCAAUGACGACAUACGUGUACGAAAUUCACUCCAAAAUGGCCUAUCGUCUCGUAUAGUUGCAAAAAAAGCAUGGUGACCCUCAAUUUUUUUUCGUGCAUUAUUUUACUUGGACGAAAAGCUAACAAUUAGAAAAAUAUUAAAAAAAUUCUCUAAUGCCAUUUUUUUGGAAAAUGCGAAAAUGUCAUAUUCUUCGGUAACAUUUUUUUGGCAUUAAAGAAUUUUUUAUUUUUUGUAUAAUGAAAGGUUUUAGCGGUGCACGUGCAAUACCGCAUGCAAAACUUGAACAUAGGUCACCAGACAAAAUAAAGAGAUAUAGCGCAUUGUUUUUCUAACUAUGAAUGGAAAAUUCUAAUGACGUCAGCAAUUGACAUAAAACGCUAUAGAACACGCGCAAUGGCGUGAGAUGGCGCGAGCAACUGCUCACGUCAGGUCAUUUUGGAAGUUCUUUCACUUUGUUAAUCAGUUUCCGCGACCUGCGCGUAAAAAUGGUCAACCGGUUUUGAGUUCGCGAUUCUUGAGCAGGGUUUUUGUGAUAACUAUAUCGAGCCACCUUAAUGUGCAAAAUUAAUUUCUCUUGUCUUGGAUGCGCGCGCGUUAAUUAGAAUCACUUCACUACGUUUGAAAUGACGUGGUUGAUGUGCCGUUUAAUUAAAUUUCAAAUGACGCAAGCCAACAGAUCACGACACUUUUGUAUAUAAAAAGGGCGUGUGAACAAAGAGUAAAGAUAUGAAGAGAGUUCACUCGGUGAAAAAUGCAGUGUUUAGGAAGUCACACGGAUUUGCGAAGCUGACGCCAUUUACACGCCAUCAAAAGCAAAUUAAAUAUUCCCCCCAAAAAUUAAUAUGCCAGCAGCCAGUACCGUCGCUGCGUUUUCAGUCAAAACCAGGGCGGUUAUAUAUAGGGCGGCGCAACGCCAGUGAUUUCGCUGAUCGACGUGUGAUGCGGGCACUGGUAAGCAAUUUCCUGCAAUACACGGUCAGCGGUAGUCAAUUUUAACUUAACAUCGCUCUAUGUCUUAGCAACCUGCAUAGCAACAACGCUGUACUAAAAACAAAUAUUAAAAAUUGUGAAAUUAACUUCAAUUCACCCAGUUUUUAACGUUGUUUCUACUGAAUAAGUUGUCGGUAGCUUUUUUAUUAUCAUUAUCAAACAUGAACUAAACAACAAUAAAUAAAACGAACGAAAUUUCACUUUAAUAUCAUGUUACAGUUUAAUAUAAAGUUUGUAGUCGAUCAAAUUGCAUUAUUCUUGGACGUCGUAUAAAAGAACUUUAAUAGCACUAUAGCAGAGUAUAGCCUAGACUUUAAACUAGAGAACUUAAGACCUGACUCCUAGACUUUUACAUCAAAUAAUCAAACAUUUUUUUCCAACACAGUGUAAUCUUGCAGCCUUGUUCAUCAGCACAUCUUAUUGUCUAAAACACAAACAUUCGUAGAAACCAUGAGUAAAAAUGUACAAUAUCCAAAUCUAUAUUAUACCCAGUGUUAUUAUAAUUAUAGUAUACAAUAACUAUACCACUCUCGAAGUUUUGGAUCAAAAACAUUGAGUUUGAAGUUUUUGUUUUAAAAUAUUAGAUUUUCCAAAUUUUUCGGUUAAAACUGCUGACGAUAUUUUCACUGCAAAAGACUUUUGAAAGUGCGAAAGCAAUGCAUAUGAUCAGCUUUUGCUCAAUGUUCGAUAGAAGAAACAUCGACCUUCGAUGGAGUACCCCAGAUUACAAGUUAGAUAGAGGGCAAGAAUCAAUCUCAAAUUAUUUUAUUUCAACGAAUAUCGAACAUAAUACUUCUCGCCUAGCAUCCGAAGAAGAACUACGGUGUUGGCAGAAUUUUAACCUAUAAAGCGCCAACCAUAUUCUCAAAUAACUAGUUUCGUGCUGCACAGAACUAUGUGAUAAAUAUGCUCUGAAAACAUAUUAAAAAUGCUUCAAUACCUAUGAAACUUUAGCAAUACAUCGACAGAACUAAUGCAAAUGACAGCCGGUCAAAACACUUCGCAUUGUGUACAUCAUUCAAAAUAUAUGACCGGUAAAAGUGGGAAAAACAGGGCCUGAAAAAGGGUCUUAUUUCUGCCAUGAUAUCUUCUAAGAAUCACUGACUUCGAUUUUUAUGAAAGACACAAGUUAGUACACAUAAAAUAAUGAACUCUAACAUACCUUAGUUUGUAGGUGUUGGCAGUAGAUUCACACAAGAUAUCCUCAUUUGAAAUUUAGUCUCCAUGGAAGUCAUUAAAAGGCACGGACAUUAUAGACCAUAAAUUCUCUUGUACAAGCUAUUUUACCAUUACAGAACACAGACCCUUUAGCCAAAGAAAUACUUUAGCCAUUUUGCCAUUUAAACCAUUCUAACACCAAAAAGAUUGAGAAAAAUGGCCAGACGAACUGAACAACUAAAAAUCGCGGGUGUUUUCAAUUUCCUUCAAAAUCGUACUCGCCCCAGCUUUUUUCCGUAUCACACGUCGAUCAGCGCGCGCUCUCUCGUUGCGCCGCCCUAUAUAUAAGCGCCCUGGUCAAAACUAUAGGGAAAACACAGUUUGAAAUGCAAAAGUGGCAUUUUUAAGGAAAAGACGCUUUCGAGCUUCAUAUCUGGACAAAAUUUGUCAACAAUAACAGUAAGUGACCUUUUCUAUUCACAUAAGAAGUACGGUUGAGCUUUUGAAAAACUUUUAUUUGAUUUUGAAAGUUGAAGGAGCGAUCUGCCCACAGAUUGUGAUAUCCUAUAAAGCGAACAAAACUAUUUGCCGGGAAUAUAUUUCAGUGGCAAGACUCUCUGCUUGGCAAGUUGAGUUUGUACUUAAUGGGCUGAUAUCCUGACAAUCAAAAUACACAAUUUAAAUCAGAUCAACACACGUAUCGAACUCUCAAAGACUGAGACAUAUUGGUCGAGACGAGGGGCAUUUCACUCCAAAAAUCCCGUACACUUCGUCAAAAAAUCCGAACAAAUCCGGAAAAUCCAACAGAUUUUCUCUUCAAAAAUCCGCUAAAAAUCCGGGAAAAUCCGCUAAAAAAUCCGCGGAUUUUUAAAAAUCCGAAAAUCCCGUAUGCUUCGUCAAAAAAUCCGGAAAAAAAUCCGAACAAAUCCGGAAAAUCCAAACAAAUCCAGAAAAUCCAACAGAUUUUCUCUUCAAAAAUCCGCUAAAAAAUCCGGGGAAAAUCCGCUGAAAAAUCCGCGGAUUUUUAAAAAUCCGAAAAUCCCGUACGCUUUUUUGGAGUGAAAUGCCCCUCGGGUCGAGACUUGUUUUUUGCUAGUUUUUUCUCGUUGAAAAAAGUUAAUUAUGUUCUUACCUGAACAUUAUACAAUACGAAAUAUACUGCAAUGUCAAUUCUGAACAACUUCUGAGCUUUUCUGCCGCAAAAACGACACAACUGGGGCCGGUUGUAUAAAAACGUAGUUAGCGCUAACUGCAGUUAAAAAGUAGUUAAAAAGUAGUUAAAAAGUGGUUAACCUUAAUCACGUAGUUAAGCCGGUUGUAUAAAAGUGUAGUUAGCCUUAACUGCAGUUAAAAACUAGUUAAAGUUAACUAUGCUUGAGGGUAUAGUUAACUGUCCAAAACGUAGUUAAAAAUGGCGUUUGUAUAGGAGUGAACAACAUUUUUCAAUAAAACAACAAUGAAAAGCAACGCUUACCUGAGAUUUUCAAUCGCUAUCUUCCCUGUGAAUGUUUCCUGACAAUAUAAACUCUUCAAACGCUAUCGCUUUGGUGUUUUACGAAAACAGAACAUAUUUUUGCACAGGACGAUUUCUCGAAGACGAAGUAUGGUCCAUUACACCAAGAAACACUGAUAUAUAAUUGCCAAACAGCUAGACCUUGGUUUAACGUAGGCAUCUCAAGGAAAAACUGCAUUCUUUUAUGAUUUUUGUGGCGGUUUUUCCUUGUUUUCUUGUACAUUUUUCACUGUUUUCUAGUGUUUUGAAUAAAAUUCCCGCCUAUUUGCAAAGUACGAGUCCACAAUCAUGUUGAAAAUGUGUGUCAGCGGUCGUUAUUCGCUACUUACUUUAUGUAAUUUUGUGUUUAAACGCCCCACGCAAGCCCCACGCACAGUUAACUACGUGAUUAGUUAACUAUCCGACUAACUACGUUUUGUGCAACGCAGUUAAGUCAUGUAGUUAACUAAUUACAGUUAAGGAUUUAACUACAGUGAUUAACGCUAACUACAGUUAGCGCUAAUUACGUUUUUAUACAACCGGCCCCUGGAGUAUAGAACAUCGUGUAGAACAACUUUUUUUAUCUCUUUUUGACUUGUCAACACAAGUUUCGAACUUCACUCCUUCGAGUAUAAUUUUCCCUUUUCGCAGCGUUCGAGUAGUGUUUAUAGCCCCAUUUGUUGUUAAAAAUGUCCAGUCUAACCCAUUUUCUUGAAAUUAAAACGAAACAGCAAAUCACCUGGAUAGUUUCGUUAAAAUCACUGUUUUUAUGUCAAAAAUUCGGAUUUCCCCAUCUAUUUCCUUAUAAAAAAAUUUCACGGUACUGGCUGGGAAGUUACGCAUGCGCAGUAUGGCCAAUCGUGCGUGUGACUUGUUUUGGCUUGAGUGAACUCUCUGUAUAUACUUCCUCUGUGGUGUGAAUUAAACAAGUCACAUAUUAUUAGCACUGAUGAAGAUCCGGGCUUACCGAUCGAAAGCUUUGCAGUAAUAAAUUUACGUGGUGUUUCCACAAACAAAACUAUUAUAUGUUUUAUCGCCAUGCAAACAUACAAAGAAAUUUAAAAUUGCUCUGAACUUCGCGAAGCGACUCUUUUUAUUAAUAUAGUGGAUACAAUUUUAAAAUUCUUUUUUACUUUCAAAACACUAAUAAAGUAUCAAUUUCCUUUGAAUUUUCUUCAUUUUCUUCUUCAUUUAUUGAUGUAUUUAGAAAUUGUGACUUGUUUCGCAUUGUUACAUUGCUGUACAGAUUUUUGAAAUGCUGUUUGUGAUAAAUUGCACUGCCGGAACCUAAACUAAUCACAUUAGAGUAUCAUUUCAAUGACUGUAUAUUCACGUAUAUACCAAUAAUUUUUCGAGAACGUUUUUCAUAGAACAUUAUUUUCAAAAAAGAUCUCAAGCAAUCAUUAUUUCUAUACUUUUAAAUAUAUGCUAGAUACUUUUAAACUUUCUUACUUCCUGACUCAGUGAAAAAAACCCGUAUAUAUAUAUUAUAAACUUUAGGCUACAUUUACACGCUGCAGUUUUUCCAGUUCGCGAUUCGUAAUCAGGUGUAUUUGUUUGAUUAAUCACACGCAAAGUGGCUGCCUUUCAAAUUUUGUCAUAAACGACAAAAUGAGAGAAAUUGUGAGAACAGUAAUUUUCACACGCCAGAAUACGAAUCCAUUUCCAGAAAAUUCAGACAUGGUUGCCCUCACUUUUUGAAAGCGAGAAAUUCUAACUUUUUUACGUCUCUGCUAUUCAAAUUAUAAUAACUAUCACGGCACCAUAUUGACAUGCAUGUACAGUUAAUUUAUUCAAAAAGUGAGGGCAACAAUGCCUGAAAUUUCUGGUAAUGGUACACGACAAUUCGUACCAUGUGAAAGCACACUAAGCUGAGCAGGCCGUUGUGGCGUUGUACAUUAUUACAGUGUAUUAUAAGCAGCAAAAGUUACAUUAAUUUCCGACGAAGGACCUUUGCUCGAAACGUCGAAUCUUUCUGUAUCGUUUAGGUAGUGAGUGGAACUCUUGCUGCUUGUUAAUGUUGUUAUCCGCUACCUACACUGGCAAAAUAUUGAAGUUUGUCGUACAUAUAUAAUUAGUAUAAUUUGUGUAGACACCACAGUGCUUAAUAGUCCAUCUUCAGAUUAUAGCAUCUGCAUCAAUAGUCAGAAUAGUUUGUCUACAAAGUUGAGACCAAAAUAAGGAACAAAAUAAAAUAGCGAGCGAAAAACGUUGCCGUUGGCAAGCUAAAUCUGUAUAUCGAUUUCGUUUUAAACAAAUAUAUAGUAAUGAUUGAACGUGUCCCAAAGGUUUUUUCGUUUUUCUCGUUUCCAUUCCAGCAUGUUUAUCCGAUAAAGAUGAAAACUGUAGAGCCUGGGCAGCAAAAGGGUAUUGUCGUCAUUCUAAUGUACACUAUAUGAUGCAAAAUUGUAAGAAGUCUUGUUGUUCUGGUAAUGUCACGAAUGGCAACCAACGAUGCCAAGAAUGGGCAAAUCGUGGAGAGUGCAGUAACAACCCAGGAUACAUGCUGCUGAAUUGUCAGGCCUCGUGCUGUAAAUGUUAACUACAGGUAUUAAUGGCAGUUUUGUUAGAUACAUUUAGGCCAGGGUCAAACGUCGAACUUUUCAUGCGCCGAACCUAAUGUUAAUGAGCUAAGUUUUUUGUUUCACUUCAUUUGCAUUAGGUUCGGCGGAUGAAAAGUUAGACGUUUGACCCUGGCCUUACAUAGUUAUUGCAAUGCAUGUGUUUGUUGGUCGGUCUGUGUUCUGCCUAAUGUUAUUUAAUGCUGGGGUCGGCUGUAUCAAAGGCGUUUAGCUUAAACGGUUUAUAGGCAAAAAAUUAAAAACAAUCUUAUUCAUUUUGUAAAUAAUUGAACUUAAAUUUUAUCAACUAAAUGUGUAGUACUAUGCAUACUUGUUAUGCUUAGACAGAAAAGUUGACUUUGCUUGUAGUCUGUAGUCUGUAGUUGAUAGAUUUGUUGGAUAUUUUUGACUUAUCCACCGUUUAAGCUAAACGCCUUUGAUACAACCGGCCCCUGAUAUUUAGCGUCUAUUUUCUGAUAAUUUACAUGAAAGCAGCUAGUGCACAUUAACAAAAACAUAAGUAGAGCCUGAAAACGAAUCCUGCAUGAAUAUUCAACAUGACGGCAGACAUUAACAGUGUAAAUUCUUAUCUGAUGCUGCGUUUUUCUAAACUCUGAAUUGAAAAAUUCUAUGGCAAAUUUAACAGCUUAAAUACAAGGAGGGUAUAAACAAUGCUUAAGUAGAGUAGGUGACAGUGCAGGUGUUAUCCAAGCAUGCGAUUUUUUCAAUAUGAAAUUAGUGAGAAAAAAUAAGCUCAACACCUGCAUGAAUUACAUUAUUUCAACUAUGCCUAAAUUGUGCUAAAUUUAAAGUUAUAUUCUUUCCACCUUUAUAGGACCUGUUAAAUGAAGGCUCCCAGAAUCGAAAAACUGUAUUCUAACUUUUAAACUUCUUAAUAAGAAAUAAAAGGAGAGCUUAAAAUCAACUUGUGUCGUUUCUUAUAGUUGAUACAUUCUUACAGCGGCCGCAGAAGAACAAUA